AUGCGAUUUAUAUUCUUAUUUCAGAUUGGUAUUUUUUAUUUCCGCUUCCCGAUUUCUUUCUUGCCAUCAUUUUCCGUUCUUCAAUAUAUUUUUUCACAAUUUCUUUCUUUCUUCGUUUAUUUAUUUCAAUUUUCUUUUUGGUUUUCUUUGAUAUUGACUCUUUCUUUCUUUCUUUCUUUCUUUCUUUCUUUCUUUCUUUCUUUCUUUCUUUCUUUCUUUCUUUCUUUCCAUUCACUUCCUUUCUAUCUUUCUCUUUCUAAUCAUUUCUUUUUCUUUCUUUCUUACUAUCUUUCUUUCUUUCUUUUCUUUUCUUUUCUUUUCUAUCUUUCCUUUUCUAAUCAUUUUUCUUUCUUUCUUUCUUUCUUUCUUUCUUUCUUUCUUUCCAUUCACUUCCUCUCUAUCUUUCUCUUUCUAAUCAUUUCUUUUUCUUUCUUUCUUUCUUUCUUUCUUUCUUUCUUUCUUUCUUUCUUUCUUUUCCUUUCUAUCUUUCCUUUUCUAAUCAUUUUUCUUUCUUUCUUUCUUAUUUCUAUUCCUCAUUAUCUUUCUUUUUCUAAUCUUUUCUUUUUCCUUUCUUUCAAAACAUUUCUUUUUUUUUUUUAUUCUUUUCUUUUAUUUUUCUUUCCUUUUCUUUCUUCUUGCCUUUUCAUAUUCUUUCUUUCAUUUUUUCUUAAUAUUUCGUAUUUUUUCUUUCUUUUUGCCUUAUUACCUUCAUUUUUUCUUUCCUUUUUUCUUUCUUUCUGCGACCAUUUACUUUCAUUUUUCAAAUUUUUUGCGUUCUUUCAUCUUUCUUUUAUCUGUUUCUUCAAUAUCUAUCUAUCUAUCUAUCUAUCUAUCUAUGAUAAGAUAAGGAACAAAUAUGAAAAACAUGUUUCACUUUUAUUAAAGCUUCAUCAGAGAAUGAAAUAUGGAGAAAACGAUGUAAGAUAUUCUGGUAUUAUUACUUUUGUGUCAAUUGAUUUUCAUUGCUUUAUCAUGUAUUUCAAAUCUUUCCAAAUGUAUCUCUUUUUUAAAUUACUAUCUAUCUAUCUAUCUAUCUAUCUAUCUAUCUAUCUAUCUAUCUAUCUAUCUAUCUAUCUAUUACAAUCAUUUCAUAUCUAUCUAUCUAUCUAUCUAUCUAUCUAUCUAUCUCAGUUUCUUCAUAUCUAUAUGUUUACAUCUAUCUAUCUAUCUAUCUAUCUAUCAAAUUUUGUUCAGUAUCUAGCUAUCUCAGUUUCUUCAUAUCUAUCUAUCUAUCUAUCUAUCUAUCUAUCUAUCUAUCUAUAUGUUUGUUCAGUAUCUAUCUAUCUAUCUAGCUAUCUAUCUAUCUCAGUUUCUUCAUAUCUAUAUGCUUACGUCUAUCUAUCUAUCUAUCUAUCUAUCUAUCUAUCUAUCUAUCUGUUUGUUCAGUAUCUGUCUAUCUAUCUCAGUUUCUUCAUAUCUAUAUGUUUACAUCUAUCUAUCUAUCUAUCUAUCUAUCUAUCGAAGUUUGUUCAAUAUCUAUCUAUCUGUCUAUCUAUCAACGUUUGUUCAGUAUCUAUCUAUCUCAGUUUCUUCAUAUCUAUCUAUCUAUCUAUCUAUCUAUGUAUCGAAGUUUGUUCAGUAUCUAUCUAUCUAUCUAUCUAUCUAUCUAUCUAUCUAUCUCAGUUUCUUCAUAUCUAUAUUAUCUAUCUAUCUCAGUUUCUUCAUAUCUAUCUAUCUAUCUAUCUAUCUAUCUAUCUAUCUAUCUAUCUAAGUUUGUUUAGUAUCUAUCUAUCUAUCUAUCUAUCUAUCUAUCUAUCUAUCUAUCUAUGUCUUUUCAUCAUAUCAAAAUCAUCGUCACUAUUUAAUACUUCUCAUUCUUGUCGUCAUUUCAUUCUCAUCCCCAUUUCUUCUUUCCUUAACAAAAAAAUGGAAUCAAAAAAAUUCGCUAUUAUUUCACCAACACAACCAGUUCCCAUCUGUUUACCGGGAUUCCAUCUUUCUCACUUUCUCUUCGCGUCUUUUUCGUCUAAUAAUGCGACAUUUUACUACGUCGCCCGUCUUCCAAUUAGAACAUAUUUUUUUCUCUCUCUCUCUUGUAGGCUAAUGUGUCGUAAUGGAGUCAAAUAG